CAGUAGCCAGCAUGUUCGUAUGUUUUUUCCUUCUGAUACUACUGGCUGUAUCUUCAUAAUCAACAGGGAUGGGAACGCCUGUAGUGAUCUCUGAGAAGGAGCAGCCCCUGAGGAGCGGGCCGUGACGCUGCAAAGGCGAUGAGGUCGUCUAGCUUUCAGCCGCUCCGAGUUGUACAAUGAAGAAGAUAUUUAACUUCACCAAGAAAAAAAAGUUCCCGUCCAACACUUCUGACAACGGAAGCACGACUUCCGGGGGUGGAUAUGAUUUAAAAGAAAAGGACCUGGGAAAGCUGCACAAGGCGGCCCUGCUCGGUGACGUCCCAAAGCUGGUGCAACUCGCCAAGAAGAAUGACAUUAAUCAGCUGGACAAGGAGAACAGAACACCUCUCCAUAUCGCGUGUGCCAGCGGGCAUGUCGAGGUGGUCCAGUUCCUCCUGGACAGCAAAGUCAAACUCAACCUAUGUGACAAUCAAAACCGAUCCGCCUUGAUGAAGGCGGUGCAAUGCCAGCACGAGCGCUGUGUGAGCACGUUGCUGGAGGGCCACGCCGACCCCAACCUGGUGGACAUCAACGGGAACACGGCGAUGCACCUGGCCGCCAACAUCCCGUCCAGCUCCACCGCGGCCCUGCUGCUGGAGCACGAGGCCAGCAUCAACGCCCAGAACAAGGAGGGCUUCACACCCUUGGCUGUGACCAUCCGGGAGAACCACGUGGAGAUGGCCGAGUUCCUCCUCAAAGAGGGCUCCGAUUUGAACAUCACAGAGCAGGGUCAAAGGUCGCCGUUGAUGAUCGCCGCAGGGAACGGCCAGAUCAGCAUGGUGCGACUGCUCCUGCAGUACGACGCAGAAAUCUCACUGAAGGACAGCAAGGGCUGGUCCGCCGACGACCACGCCGUCAUCAACGGACAUCAUGCUUGUUCCCACCUCAUCAUCGAGCACGGCACCAUGAGGAACGGCGGGCCCUCUCCAUCGCACCAAGCCCCCAGCAAAAGGAAGAAGAAAGGUGGGCUGGGAGGUCCUUCCCACGGGGCAGAAGCAGGCUUCUCUCUAGGGGGACCAGCCAUCGACAAAGACGAUGCAGAGGAUAAUUCUCAGUCGGAGUCAGUCAGCAGGCCUUCAGUGAGUGCGGCGGACGACUGGCCAUCGUCGGACGGGGACGAUGAUGAAUUGGAUUUGAUACCAAAGAAACAGCCAAAGCUAAACCUGAAGAAAUUGAUUGCCUCUAAGAAGGGCGGGACCGCUGCCCAGCUCAACAGAUCCCUGAGUGGCGGCGAGUCUGAGCCCGAGGCCGAUGCUAGACACCAGAGGCCCUCACCCCUCCCUCAGGGGUUGACUCCCAGAGUACCCCAGCACCCAGUAGUCCCAGUCCCGGCUCCCUUCUCCAAAACCCCCUUGAAGCCAUCCUCCUUUGUCCCGAAUCCCUCCAAGAAUGAAGACUUAAGCGAUGAUGGAGAGGAGGAAACUGGUGAUGAGGAGGAAGAAGAUGAGGAAGAUGAUGAGGAGGAAGAGGAAGAAGGUCUCACAUCAGAAAAUGACCAGGAUGAGGAGGUGAAAGACACCCCCCCGGCUGUAGCAGCCCCCUCUCAAGAACCCGGAGUCUCAAAGGAUAGUCGAAGGGAUUUUCUCUCAGAGUUGGGCUUGGAAAAGGAAGCGGAGGAAGACGAUUCUUGGGAUUCUGAGUCCCACUCUGAAAACUCUCGUGCUGGAAAAAGUCUUCCUCGUCCUAAAGAGCGAGCAGCGAUUUCUGCUCUUGGAACGAACAACGGAGAAGCUUUUUUUUACAAUCAUUCCAGUCAUCAUUCCAUGCUGCAGAAAAUGGUGACCUUAUGUAUGUAUGUAUGUAUGUAUUUAAAUGCCGACAAUGAUAGCAAAAUACCAUUAAUGGGGCACAGCAACACGUGUAUUGACUUAUUAACUAACUCUUUCUUAUUAAGUUGCCCAACUUUUAACAGUACGUUACAUUUCCUUUUUGUAGACGUCUUUUAUAUCCCCUCUUACUUGAGUGGGGAAGUGAGCAGUAAGGGGACUUUUCUAGAGCCUUGGAGAGGUGUAGACAGGCAAAGAGACAGCCAGGGCGCGGUUGUCAGUGCCACCGGUGAUGGCAACGAGGUCAAAGCACAGCAGGACGAGGUGGCUCCACAGAACGAGAUUGACAGGGCAAAGUGGGAGCCACUGUCUGUCCUCAAUAAACUGGAAGCCGGAAAUAUGAAAACGGAUCUGAUGGAGGAGCUGGGGCUGGGAGACGUUGAUGACCUCGAAGACGCCUCGGACUGGGACUCCACCAGUACGGCCAGCAGGAGGACACUCCCCGGGCGCAGGGUGCCGUCCCCCGGCCACCCCGCACCCUCCGCCGCUGACCCCCUGGUCCUCCACAAGGUGGCUGCCGCCGCCGCCGUGAGGACGUCUCCACCCAGUCCCCUGACCCGGUCCCCCUCGUCUUCAUUCCAGUCCCAAGCCCGGCCCCAACCCCAACCCCAGACCCAGACGGAACCCAAGACCCAGACGGAACCCAAGACACAGACGGAACCCCAGACCCAGACGGAACCCCAGACCCAGACGGAACCCAAGACCCAGACGGAACCCCAGACCCAGACGGAACCCAAGACCCAGACGGAACCCAAGACCCAAACGGAACCCAAGACCCAGACAGAACCCAAGACCCAGCCAGAACCCCAGAACCAGAGAGAACCCCAAACCAACCCGGAACCCCAGAUCCAAACUGAACCGCAGACCCAGUCAGAACCCCAGACCCAGCCACAACCCAAACCUCAACCUAGAGCCAGGAAGCUGCUCCCCCUGAAAUUGGACAGUGAUGAAGAGUCGGACUGGGACUCGGACAACGGGACCUCUCCUUCGCCGGUUAAAUCCGAAAGGCAGCGGCCAAAUCUACUUGAGAUUAAGACCUCCUCCGGCGUAGCAGGUAUGUCAGGCGAUGAGUCUCCUUCAGAUCCGGAGGGCAGCCCACAGCCAGAGGAGCAAGCUAAGCAGGUGACUCAUUGUAAAAGCAUUGACUCAAGCUCUUGUGAUUCCCCUGUGCCACUGUUACAGUUUGAUGGGCAUGAUCAACCCAUAUUACAUACCAUUCAACAAUCAGUUGUUUAUUAUGUGUAUGAAGCUCAGUGUCUCUGCAAUCUCAUGAAAGUGAAUAUAAGUGCAUGUGUGUCUUUUAUACAAAGCUAUUGUUUCUUAGUCUAUGCAUUAUCGUCUUGUCUUUGUUUGUGCAUUGCGUUUUUGCCGCCUAACUUCACUUGCUCAUCAAAGGAGAGAGAAAGCCCAUCCAAGAUAGUCCCUGACAUGUCGUCGGACUGCGAACGGAGGGAAACCGCAGAGGAAAUCCCACCUCAGGAAAGCCCAGAGCCCCACCGGGAACCACGUGGAUCCACCGGGGAAUACCCGUGGGAAAACCGAUUCGAGAAACUGUGGGUGGAGGUGGAGACGAAAGAGGUGAAAGCCACCUUCAGGGACGUGGCCGCCGAGCUGAGGCAGAAGUUUGGAGAGCUACCUCGGCAGGGCAGUCUUCCUCCUGCCGAAGACCAUCCCGAAGACCCUCCCGACCCAGGACAGGGGUCGACCGGCCUGGAGUUCCCCGCGGCGGAUGAGACGUCGAGUGACGACGACGAAGAGGAGGAAGAUGAGGGAGGGGAGCCUAUAAUGAGGCCCUUGGCGAUGGCCCGGAGCGCGGCCCUUCGCACCAUACCGGAACAGAGGGAGUCAGGCCAGGAGGACUCCCUGAGCGAGGCCAGCACUAAGGCCUCCAAACCCCCUGAUGGCGACCACCUCAACCAGGGAGGUGCUGCUCCAGGCAUCCUGAGUGGAGAUCCGGAUAUUUCCGAGAGCAGCCGUUCUCCGUCGCCACGACCCUCCGAAGGAUCUCACGCCAUGGAUCACGGAGACUGCAGAGACGGGCCGUUGCCGACGGCGGCAACCGCGCCGAACCCCGGUUCUGAGAUCGAACCGCCGUCCUGCCAGGACAGCCGAACCCAGGGGGCCGAGCCUGAGGGGCGGAGCCACGCCGACUCAGAGAGUGAUCUGGACGAGCCGGCGCUCUCUCAAACGACCGCCACGCAUCCUUCCGGGCGUCCUCCCACCACAGCGAGUGUGCCGGAGGGACGUCAGGAAUGGGACACGCAGGAGGUGGAGGCAGGUGUACGGAUGCCGAUAGGAGCGUGCGCGGGCUCCGUGAGGACAGAUGAGCUCAGGCUUGAGGAAGAGUUUUCCAAAUAUUCGCGAGCCGCCAUGCCGGCGCAGGGUUCCGGCGCUUCCUGGGACGCCGGGGGAGAGGACGAGGAGGAGGAGGAGGAAGAGCAAGGAGCCCAGAAACCCGAGCCAGAGUCGGGACGGCAGGCCAGGGCGAACGGCCCGAGUCCUAGGGGAGAAGGACGUCAAGCUCCCCCUGAGAGUUCUGUCCAAAGGCCGCCGGGGAAAAGCCCAAAGGGCGUCGACAGGCGACCGGUUCCGCUUCGAGUGCCAGUCCAGCAGAACACCCUCAGCAACAGAGACGCCAUGUCUCUGCAGGUCCCCUCAAAGAGGCCCACGGUGGCCCCCAGGUUGAGCAGUACCCCUCGGACUGCGGCCCACCUUAACGGAGACCCUCUCUCUGUGUUUGACGAUAGCACCUUAAGUGACCUUUCGGACAGUGAAGGAAGGUCCCCACCAGCAUGCCACCGGCUAGACGAGAACACGGUGGGAGGGGAGAUGGAGCUGGCUGAGGACCUAGACGAGCUCACACAGUCGUCGGACAGCCACACGGACGACAUCGAGUCCCCGGCCUCGGGCUACCGCCACGCAGCCAUGCUCAUCCAGAAGUUAGACAACACCACGCUGGACUCUAGCAGCAUGAUGAAGCUGCAGAACAUCUUCCACGAGUACGAGAACUCCAUCCAGAAGGCGCGCAGUCGCCACGGGCACCUGAGCGACAAGGUGGGCCAGCUGGAGGGCGAGAGGCGCGAGCUCCGCGCCACCCUGGAGGACUUCAGGGAGGCCAAGUCGGCCCUGGAGCGCCAGCAGCUGGAGCUGCAGACGGAGGUGGACAACCUCAGGUUCAAGCUGAAGCAGGAGCAGGAGAACCGGCGUAACGCCUCCAUGCUGUACGACGGCAGCCGGGACAAGCUGCGGCGGGCCGAGGAGCAGCAGCAGGCGGAGGUGGAGGAGCGGCAGAAGGUGGACCUGGCCCUCCGGAGCCUGGAGCUGGAGAGGAGGACCCUGCUGAACAACAUGAAGCAGCUGGAAGAGGACCUCAGCGAGACCCAGAGGCUGCUGGCCAAGGAGCGCGGCGCCCGGGCCCUGCAGGAGAGCCUGCUCAGCAGCCACCUCCGUAAGCAGCAGGAGAUCGAGGAGCAGAGCCGCAGGAGCGUGAGCAGGAGCAACGAGGCGCUGUCCCAGCUGACGGAGGCCAGCGACCGGGAGAAGGACCUCCUCCAGCAGACGGCGUCGCUCCACGAGGAGCUGUCGGCGGCGCGCGGUGAGCUGGAGCGCGCCCGCGCCGCCGCCGCCCAGGAGGACGGCCGCCGGGAGGAGGAGCGGGAGGCGCUGACGGAGCGCCUGCAGGAUGCGCGGCGCGACCUGCGGCUCAACGAGGAGGCGCUGACCCAGACGGUGGUCCAGUACAACGGGCAGCUGGGCGCCGCGAAGGCGGAGCUCGCCGCCGCCGCCGCGGGCCGGCUGGAGCACGAGCGGCAGGGCCGGGAGGCGGCGGAGGCGGAGGCGGUCUCGGCGCGCACGCGGCUGGCCGGCGCGCUGCAGGAGGCGGAGCGGUGCCAGGCGGCGCUCGCCGACGCGGAGAAGAGCCUGCUCCGCCAGCGGGACGAGAGCCAGCGGCUGAGGGACAAGAACACGAGCGAGGUGGCGGGCCAGCGCGACGAGGUGGGCGGUCUCUCCCAGCGGCUGGCGGCGGCGGAGGCCCGGGCCAACGGCCUGGAGAACGAGGUGCACCGCGCCGCCCUGCAGCUGACGGAGAAGAGCCUGCUGCUGGACGCUGGCCAGCGGGAGGGCCAGGCGGCCGCCGCCCGCGCCCGGGAGCUGGAGGAGGCGCUGCGGGCGGAGCGGGAGCUGGGCGGGCGCGCCUCGGCCCGACUGGAGGCCACCCAGGAGCGGCUGGGCCAGGCGCAGAGCGACGGCGCCCUGCUGCGGCAGCAGCUGGAGCAGGCCCAGAACAAGGGCGUGGCCACGGAGCGCGCCGUCGGCGACGCCCAGGAGCGCUUCGGCCAGCUGGUGGCCCAGCUGCGGGCCGACGCCGAGGCCCGCGUCCAGGUGGCGGAGGAACGCAGCCGCGAGCUGGCGGGCAAGGCGGCCGACCUCCGGGAGCAGGUGUACAAGACGGAGGAGGAGAGGGCGGAGAGAGAGUCCAGUGUGAGGCAGCUUCAGCAGGAGCUGGCCGACUCCCUGAAGAAGCUGUCCAUGAGCGAGGCGUCGCUGGAGGUGAAUACGCGAUACCGCAACGACCUGGAGGAGGAGAAGGCCCGCCUCUUCAAGGACCUGGACCGGCUCAAGGGGAAGCUGGACGAGAGCGAGGACCAGUACGUGCAGGCGGAGCGACGCGUCAACGCUCUGAAGGCCACACUGGACGACCGCGAGCGAGAGCUGGCCGCGGCCAAUCAGAAGCUCCGGGAGGCGCUGGCCACCUCGGCUGGCUCGGACGCCACCAUCAAGCUGCUGGAGGAGGCUGUGCAGAGGCUGGAGAUAGAGAACGCCCGACUGGAGGCUGCGGCUAAGCAGCAGGCGAACAAGAUCGAGGCGCUGCAGAAGGGAGUGCACGAGGCUACCGUGGUCAGAGGUCGGCUGGAGGACUUGGUGACCAACCUUCAAGGCAGUAAGAUGACCCUGGAGGACCAACUCAACAGAGAGACUCAGAGGCAGAGCCAGCUGUCCCACACAGCCCAGGACUCCCAGGCCCUGUGGGAGGAGGAGCUGAAGAGCCGCUCCAAGCUGGGCCUGAGGCUGGCCGAGCUGGAGAAGGAGCGGUCCGAGCUCGGCAGCCAGAUGGAGACGGAGAAGAAGAGAGCCAGGAAGAUGGCGGAGCAGAAGAAGGCGGUGGACGGCCGGCUGGACCAGGAGAUGAAGAGGAACACGGACUUACAGAAAGAAAUGUACAGGCUGCGGACUCUGCUGAAGACGGCCAAGAAGAGGCUGAGGGAGCAAGAGGGCGGCUCUCCCACGGGCAGCCAGAGGAUGGACACCCUGAGGCUCAGCAUGAGAGACAAGGCGACGGAGGACAUGGCGGGGCAGCUGGAGAGGGAGGCGUCCCGCGUCGGGCAGCUGGAGGCGGCCAACGCGGAGCUGAAGGAGCGGCUGGCCUCCAUGCAGGGCCUGGGCCGCAGCCACCAGCGGCUGGAGGAGCAGCUGGAGGAGGCGCGGCGGAGGGCCCAGGAGGCCGGCCCCGCCGACCCCGGCCAGGCGGAGAGGUACCGGAGGGAGGCCGAGGACCGGGCCAGCCUGCAGAUCCGCCAGAAGCUGGAGGAGGUCAACGUCUUCCUGCAGAACCAGGCGGCGUCUCAGGACGCUCUGGACCACAUCAAGUCGGCCAACGAGGCCAGCGUGCGCGCCCAGCUGGAGCAGCGGAUCCGGGAGCUGGAGGCGGAGCUGGGCCGGGCGCGGUCCGGCCAGCAGGACAGCCUCAGCCUGAGGGAGUCGGCACGCAGCGAGCUGGACCGCUACCGGGAGCUCUACACCGACGAGCUGCGCCUCCGCAAGGCCCUGGCGGCCAAGCUGGACCGGGCCAACGACCGUCUGGCGGAGGCCAACGCCAAGCUCCUGGGCGAGCGUCACCGCAGCAAGUCGCUGAUCGCCAGCAGUAUGGCCAACGGCAGCCUGGUGGGCCCCCCGCUGGACCUGGGCUCCCUGGGCUCGCUGCCCGCCUACGGGGCCUCCCUGGGGGGCCUGGGCCUGGGCCUGGGGCACGGGGGCAGCCCCCUGGGCAGCCGGCAGGGCAGCAGAGUGGAGGAUUACCUGGCCAAGAUGCAGAGUGAGUUGGAGAGAAACGUGACCAAGGAGCUGAGCCAUGCCACGGUGGAGCUGGAGGGUAGUGGGGGCUCGGCCCGGCUGUCCCCGCUGGGCUCUGCCUCGGCAGCGGACCCCCUGGACGACCCGGGAAGCCGCGCCACGCAGCAGUACCUGGACGUCCUGAAGAGGAACUACAUGAUCUGA